GCCCUCUUUCUGUCUCUCCCUCCUCCCCCCCCCCCCGGCAAGCCAUGCCCCCCCGUGACGGCCUGCGUGCCCCAGUGAGAUGUACGCAGCCACAGGGUGCAAGGCUGAGGUGACCCCCUCGCUGCACAAUGGCCACCGUGUGUUCAGCUACACGCUGGAGAACCACACGGCACAGGCCUUCGGGAUCAUGAACGAGCUCCGUCUGGGGCGUCUACUGUGUGACGUCACGCUCCGAGUCAAGUACGCCGAUCUGGAGGCCGUGGACUUCGUGGCUCACAAGAUCGUGCUGGCCUCCUCCUCCCCGGUCUUCAGGGCGAUGUUCACCAACGGGCUGAAGGAGUGCGGCAUGGAGGUGGUGUCCAUCGAGGGGGUCCACCCCAAGGUCAUGGAGCGUCUGAUCGAGUUCUCGUACACGGCCAGCAUCUCCGUGGGAGAGAAGUGCGUCAUCCACGUGAUGACCGGAGCGGUCAUGUACCAGAUCGACAGCGUGGUCAAGGCAUGCUCCGAUUUCCUGGUUCAGCAGCUGGACCCCAGCAACGCCAUCGGCAUCGCCAGCUUCGCCGAGCAGAUCAGCUGCACCGAGCUGCACCAGAAAGCGCGGGAAUACAUCUACAUGAACUUCAGCGAGAUCGUGAAGCAGGAGGAGUUUUUCAACCUGUCUCACUGCCAGCUGGUGACCCUGAUCAGCCGGGACGAUUUGAACGUGCGCUGCGAGUCCGAGGUCUUCCACGCCUGCAUCGCCUGGGUCAAGUACGACUGUGAGAACCGCCGGCCCUACGUCCAGGCCCUCCUGCAGGCCGUCCGCUGCCACUCCCUCACCCCGCGCUUCCUCCAGACCCAGCUCCAGCGCUGCGAGAUCCUCAGGUCCGACACCCAGAGCAAGGACUACCUCUCUCAGAUCUUCCAGGACCUCACCCUCCACAAGCCCACCAAGGUCCUGUCCUGCCGCACCCCGAAAGUCCCCCAGCUCAUCUACACGGCCGGGGGCUACUUCCGCCAGUCCCUUAGCUUCCUGGAAGCCUACAACCCCUGCGACGGAGCGUGGAUCAGGCUGGCUGAUCUGGAGGUGCCCCGGAGCGGGCUGGCUGGCUGCGUGGUCGGCGGCCUCUUCUACGCGGUGGGCGGCCGCAACAACGCGCCAGACGGGAACAUGGACUCCAACUCCCUGGACUGUUACAACCCCAUGAACAACCGGUGGUCUCCCUGCGCCUCCAUGAGCGUGCCCCGCAACAGGAUCGGAGUGGGGGUCAUCGACGGGAUGAUCUACGCGGCUGGGGGGUCCCACGGGUGCAUCCAUCACAACAGUGUGGAGAGGUACGACCCAGAGAAGGACGAGUGGCAGCUGGUGGCUCCCAUGCUGACCCGACGGAUCGGGGUGGGGGUGGCCGUGACUAACAGGCUGCUGUACGCGGUGGGGGGGUUCGACGGCACGAGCCGACUCAACUCCGCCGAGUGCUACUACCCAGAGAGGGACGAGUGGAGAGCCAUCGCCUCCAUGAACACGGUGCGCAGCGGGGCGGGCGUUUCCGCACUGGGGAACACGAUCUUCGUGAUGGGCGGGUACGAUGGCACCAACCAGCUGAACAGCGUGGAGCGCUACGAUAUCGAGACUGACAGCUGGAGCUUCGUGGCGCCGAUGAAGCACCGGAGGAGCGCCCUGGGAGUCACGGCACACCACGGACAGAUCUACGCCCUGGGGGGUUACGACGGCAACAUCUUCCUGGACAGCGUGGAGUGCUACGACCCCGCGACGGACUGCUGGACCGAGGUGACCAAAAUGACCUCCGGCCGGAGCGGGGUGGGGGUGGCGGUCACCAUGGAGCCGUGCCGGAAACACGUCAGCGAGUGCUCCAAGUGCUAGCGCCAGGGCCGCGCCCACGAGGGAGUGAAGGAGCUGGAAACGGCUUGCAACACAGGGCAAGUGCGCCCGAAUGCUGCAGCUGUAAGUGCCAAGCGACCGCAGGACCACAACAUAAAACGGCUGGAGGUGCUUUACCUAUCCCCUACCCUCCCUCCCUGCCCAGCCGCCCCUUUACAGCAAGCGUUUGUGUUCCCCAAGCCAGAUCAACCAACAGCACAGGAGCAUUCCCCCUAAAGCAGAAAGAGGCAUGUCUCCAUCGCAAUCUUUAAAACAGGUUUGUUUUUUUUGUCAUAGGAAGCCCUGAUGAAACACACACACAAAAAAAAAAAAAAAAGAUUUCUUGAAACUAAACAAAACAGCACAGCGAUUUAUCAUCAGCCUCCCAAAGCCAAAGGAUUCAAGCUGCCAACUUUACACACACGGACUUGACCGUUUUCAUGGGUUUUUUGUUAGUUUUUCGUAAACUUUAAAAGCAGGACCACGUUUCAGUCACCGCAACGUCAGUAGAGAGACGGGAGCAAGACCCACUGCUGUCAGGAAUAACCACACCUGCCACGCAGCCCGGCAGACUGAAACAUCAACUUAUUUAUUUGUACGGUUUCUGUUCUACGUGCAGACUGAAACUCACGGAUCACCUGAGAUUGUACCCCCCCUAUAUUAAAUAUGUAGUCGUCAUUAUUAUUAUUAGUGUUGAGAUAAAUGCCCUUCUGCAUAGUGUACACUGUGUGUUCAUUUCAGACAGCGCAUGUACUUCGUUUGUAUCUUUGAUCCAGUCUUUCGAAAGGUUGUUACAUUAACAAAUACCAGCGUGGCAGUUUCUGCCACUGCAUGUUUCCGAAGCAGUGGGUGUGUUUGAAAAUCUGUCCCAGCACUAAUACGAUUAGGAUCAGGUUGAAAACCUACACAGCAGACCUAGUUUGGGAACAGCACUAAAUUAACGAGUCUGCACUGAAAACGCGAUGGAAGUCACCUGCGUUUAUUUUAUUUUAUAUAAACGUUUGGAAGAGUUGGAAAUGGACCGCUGACCAACACAACACACGUCAAGUGCUGUCCCACAACUGAGAUCAGGACCCAGUACGAUAAACGACCAGACUGGAUCACUGUACUCUGGGCAGGAAUGGGGGAAGAUUUUUAAAGCUAAAUCGAUUUUUCUUAAGACAAUAAAUAAAUAAAUAAAUAACUGUCCAGUG